AUGGUUAUAUUAGAAGAAGAGAGGGUGGUUAGCGGCUAGCUAACGAGUAACCACGAAUAGUCCAAAGCAAAAUGUAGCUGGUUGGGUAGGUGAGAUCCCAUCUCGACAAAGUAAUAUGUUUGAGAGAGUAAAAUAGCAUUUUUAAUUUAAUUUAUUAUCUCAUAAUUAAUCGUGGCGGCAGUGUACUUGCUGCUUCACGUUCCCGGUUGCCACUUUUGACUCCACAAGCACUAUUCGUCUCUUGUAGUCUACUGUCUUGCUCCGGGGGUUGGGUUGGUAGAGCUCAUAUGCGGUUGGUGAGAAACAACAACUCCAGUUAAUCCAUAUUAUAUUCACAAGAUCCAGAACCCAUUUAUACAGAUCGCAGAUCCAUCGCUAGUACGCACCGAGAGGAAAAGCCAUCAUUGACAAAAUGCAAGUUAAUAUCAAAGAAACCACUCCGAUUCGUCCAUCUACUCCUCCUUUCUCUCAAGAUCAUGUUCUAUCUCUUUCCCACCUUGAUACCGACCGGAACAUGAACACUACCUUCCGUUACCUAAGAGUUUAUGUCAACAACGCCGCCGCCACCAACAGUAAUCACCCCUUUAAUGUCAUUUCGGCUGCCCUUUCCUCUGCUCUCGUCCACUACUACCCUCUUGCUGGUACUCUCCGCCGCCGAGAAGUAGACAGCAGAUUUGAGGUAUUCUGCUCCGUUGACCAAGGUGUGCCCCUCAUCAAUGCAACGGUCAACUGUACGCUAGAAUCCCUUAAUUACCUUGAUGACUCGGACUCGGAUUUUGUAGAGAGCUUGGUACCGGACCCGACCGCUGAUGAUGGACUGGUCAACCCGUGCGUGCUCCAAAUCACGGUAUUCGAGUGCGGUGGGUAUACACUGGCAGCUGCAAUCCACCAUGCCUUGUGCGAUGGGCUUGGGGCUACCCAAUUUUUCAAUGUUAUGGCGGAGUUGGCACGCGGGGCGGAUCGGAUUUCGGUUGAACCGGUAUGGGAUAGGACGAAUUUGCUGCGUCCGAGAGACCCACCCCGGUACGAGGGAGCGGUGAGGGAGUUUUUGGGGUUGGAGAAAGGGUCUGAACCGUACGGUCAUGCUGUGGGUAAGGUAGUUAGGGAGUGUUUUAAUGUGAAAGAUGAGUGGCUGGACCGGUUCAAGAAUAUGCUGCUUGAGAAAAGCGGCUCUAAUUUCACCACGUUUGAGGCUUUGGGGGCAUUCUUGUGGCGAGCCAAAGUUAAAGCUUCCAGAGUUCCUGGUGAUGAAAUAGUGAAGUUUACAUAUGCAAUGAAUAUACGAAGACUGGUUAAGCCACCAUUGCCCAUUGGCUACUGGGGCAAUGGCUGUGUUCCAAUGUAUGCACAGCUUCUUGCUAAAGAGCUAUUAGAGCAACCCAUUUGGAAAACAGCUGAGGUGAUCAAGAAAAGUAAAAUUCAUGCCUCUACCGAAUAUGUGCAGUCGUUUAUUGAUUUCCAAGAAGUACAUUAUGCAGAUGGUAUCACAGCAGGAAAUAGGGUGAGUGGCUUCACAGAUUGGAGACACUUAGGCCAUUCAACUGUGGAUUUUGGAUGGGGAGGUCCGGUCACUGUCUUGCCUCUUUCAACGAAACUACUUGGAAGUGUUGAACCUUGCUUUUUCUUGCCUUAUUCAUCAGCAAAUGCAGGAAAGAAAGAUGGGUUCAAGGUGCAAGUGACCUUGCAAGAAACUGCGUUGCCUGCUUUCAAGAAAGAGAUGGAGAAAUUUAGUAACCAAGAAUUUGAGUAGUGUUGAUUUUACAUUUCAGAGCCUGUUUGUUACUGUUCUCCUUGUAAUUUGUGAAUAAAAUGAAAAGCAAAAGACUUGCAAUAUCUACAUUUCAGGGUUUGCCAAAUUUAUAACUACUCAUUUGCAGGAUAA